GACCCUCGCUCCUCCGACGCGGCCGCGCUCCUCUCCUUCACCGCCGCCGCAACUACUUUCUCUUCCUCUUCUUCUUCGCAAGGGAGAGGCCCCAACACGCGCAAGGAGGAACACAGGCUCGACUGGUGCUACCUCCAAGACGAGACCAACCAUCACGUAUUCCUCAACGAGGUCAGUCCCCUCAUCCAUCGUCUGCUCGAUGGUGCCACCGGCAGCAGCUGCCGCAACGCCUGCGUCCUCGCGUGCGGCGCCGCCACCGCCAAGGAUCACCUGUUCGCAGGGUCACAGGAUCAGCCGGGAUUGGUCACCAUGGCGAUGGAGCAAAUCCUCCAAUUCUGCAAAAGCAUUGGCGGCGCUGUCCUAGUCUCGUCUUACCACGUGCUGCAGGACACCCACGUCUUUGAUCUGUUGGAGCCCAAGGACCAAGAGGUUACUGUGCUGGAAGACUCCCAGGGAAAGACUAAUCUCAAGGGGCUCUCCAAGGUUCCUGUGAAAUCGAUAGAGGAUUUCACACAGUUGAGCUGUUUCAGAAGCACUCAGAAUAAACAACAACCAAGUAAAGCUCCUACCCUGUUACACACUAGGGGGCACCAGGGGCUGAUUAUGCACAUCUCUAGCUUUGAUCGGGAAGGCAAAGAAUGUGAUGUAGCUAAGAUGAACUUUCUCAACUUGACAGGCUAUGUAGAUCCCAAGCAGAAGGGUAAUGGUGGAGUGGCUGCUCUAUCGAACAGUAACAAGACAAUGUAUGCCUUGAUGAAUGUAGUGAAAGCGCUGAAUAGCAACCAGAGCUUUGUACCCUAUAGGCAGAGCAAAGUUACUCGUAUUUUGCAAGAUUCUUUAUGCAAGACAAGUGGGGCUGUGCUGAUCGCCUGUUUGGAUGAAAUUUCCUGCCAAGAUGCAGUUUCUACUCUUAGCUUGGCUGCUCGCUCGAGUCAGGUGGCCAAUCAACAAAACAGCAGAUCCAUGAGUGUUACAAGUUCCAAAAAGAAAAAUGUUAACUUAUCUGCAAAUCCCAAAAACUCAUCAAGGCCAUUCCUUACUUCUAUACUCCAACCAAACCCUGUACUAAAGCAUGACCGACCGCAAUGGAAUAACAGCGCGGCAAAAACAUGUCGAACACCCAUUGCCAAUAAGAGGUCUCAGCCAAUCAUGCAUUCAGCAAGAAAAUCUGAAAGUGUGCUCCCUACUCAAAUCAAAAUGAAGCAUAAGGAUGCUAAACCCACAAUGAGUGGAAGGUCUCAACCAAUUGUGCGUUCAACGAAAAAUCCGCUCUCUACUUCUAUUAAAAUGAAGCAAAAAGAUGAAAAUUCUAAAAUGAGUGGAAGUACCUUGUUAUGUCCGAGCACCAAUUCAUCAAAGGAAGAUACGAUGGUCGUUGCACCAGUUGCAGUAAAAUUUGAGGACCAAUCAUCACGAGGCAUUGAAAUUCAUGCUCCAUCAACAGAUGAGGGAUUUGAUAAAAGCGAUGUUUUAGAUAUUGUAUCAUCUGAAAUACAAAAGGUGGUCUCAAGUAGUAUGGAGGAAGAGGAAGAUGCGAUAGUCGUUGCACCAGUUGCAGUAAAAGUCGAGGAGGUACAAUCAUCAAGAGGCAUUGAAAUCCAGGCUCCAUCAACAGACGAGAGAUUUGAUAAAGCAAGCAAUACUUUAGAUGAUGUAUCAUUUAAAACACAAAAGGUGGUCUCAAGUAGUAUGGAGGAAGAGGACUAUUCGUUAUCAGGUUUGCAUGCAGCAAGUUCAUGUACAGACUUGGGUGAGAGCUGUUAUUCUAAUGUACCUGAUGUCCUUGUCGAGAAGACUCUGGUCAAUGUUAAUAAACAAUCUCCAAAGCUUAGUGACCGCCUGAGAGAGAUAUCAAACUCAUUGAAGGUUCUUAGCGCCCGUCCAUUGAGCAUAACAACACAAAAAGUAGGCAUGGAAACGCCACAAAAAGUAGGCAUGGAAUAUGUCCAACCGAUCAACAGAGAUGUACCUGAACCAAAAACUCCUGUGAGGCACUUGAAGUAUGAGCAAGGAGAAGUUGCAAGUAACUCAUUUAAGGCUCGCAGCACCGGGAUCAAGAAAUCUCUAGUUCAAGAGUGCUUGACUUUUCUGAACAGUGCUACUAAGGAGGAAUUAAAAAGCUUAAAGGGCAUUGGAGAAAAAAGAGCAAAUUACAUAAUUGAGUUUCGUGAGAACUCACCGGAGCUAUUUAAAGAGAUAGAUGAUCUCACAGAUAUCCUUGGAAUGAAUAAAAAAGAGAUAAAAAGGAUGAUGUCAGGGAUCAUUGACUCCUAGAUCGAUGAUAACAUGUACUGGAGUGGAGGGUUACUUUCUUCUAAAUACGAAGUCAAGGGAAUGACAGGUAUAUGAGCAGCGGCUGUUCUUGAGACUGCCACUGCCAGUCAUACAGCUACAGAGCUUGUUUUUUUCCUCUCCGUCUGAAGUGCAGAUCUGUAUAUUUUGCUUUGGUUUCUUGUGUUGAGCGUGAGAGAAUAAAGCUACUGAAGCGUGUUGUUGCAAUAUAUAUUUUCCUGUAUAAUCCGAUCAUUGUAUCGUGCUUGCUUGGUCUCUGUAUUCUGAUUUGACGGUCCAAAUCUCGCCAUUUGAAUUUGGUCGUUUCCGCCUUGAUUUCCUAU